GAUCAUCCACGAUGUAACCUUUUCAUGGGUCCUAGAACCGCGAAUCGUAGCAAUAUGGGCAACACGUCGAGAGGAAUCUCUUAGAUGAAGUAAACGCCGUUAGACUUCGAGAUUCCCCGUUAUUAACUCCGUUAAUGAGACAUGGAGCGAAAAACUCUAGCGAUUACGCCUCCUUCCUUCUUCUUCCACUUUGGAGGAGCAUCAUUUGGUUCAUCAAAGGCGUUUCAUUGUCUUCUCCUUCUCUCAUGUAUAUUGCUUUCAUCAGUUAAUACAUUGCAUAACUUAGCUGAAUAUGGCUACAACACUGGUUCUGCUGCUAAGGAGUUUCUGGGCUUUAUUAAUGGUGAAGAUUCUGAGAGUGUAACAAUCCAAAAGACAGACCAGAAUGUUUAUCCCAAUUCAGAGUUGUUUUGUUUCCUUUCAGCUUUAGGAUCAAAGAAUCGGUAUGAUCCAUUUGUAUCCUUUUCUGGGUUGUCUUGUCCUGAAGAAUCACGGAGUAGCUCUGUUCUGAUCAGAAAAAAUCUAUCUGGUGUUGUGUGGCUAUCUCUUAAGCAUGUCCACAUCAUAGAGUUUCAGUCAUUUACUGGAUUCUUUCACAUAGGAGACACUUGUUACGAGCCUAUGUCGAAAGAGUUCUAUACUAAGAAGAUCACAAGGGAGUUAAGUAUUACCGUUUCGGGAAAACAGUGUGGAAGAAAUUGUUUUAUGAUGAACCAUCAGUGUGAAGAAUUUUCAUUAGAACCAAGGUAUUCCAUCAAGUUUCUCUAUUUCUACCAGACUGAACUCUCUUGGGCAUAUGGAGUUGUCAUUUUUGCAGUACCUAUGAAGGCGACCGCACCUGUUUUGAUGCUUAAUCUCUGCAAAAAACCGGUCUUUUGGGUGCGAACAAAGAAAUUCUCAAUUGCGGUUCUUAUUGCUGCUGCUCUACUCAUUUUGAUAUUUUGCUUCAAUAAUCACUUCAUUGAGGAGAACAAUAAGGGAAAUAAUCGCAACCACAUGAAGUUGAGAGAAGUGGAGAAACCUUCUUCGAUCACAAUCUCCCCUGCAAUGAAUUAUGUGCUAAGAUCCAUAAGCAAAAAAAGCCUCCAAGUGUUCGAUGAGGUUCCCAAGAGCAUAAAGCCAAUUACUUCUUCUGUUUCGUCUUCCCAUGAAGAAUCAUCAGAAGAUGUUAAUCUCACUGUAAAGACUGCGAUAGACAAGAAGAGACGCCGUAACAGGAAAAAGAACAAAGGAGGAAUCAACAGAUUAACACCCGAGUGCACAAAUGUUUCAAGCAGUCACAUCGGAAACUCAACUCCUAGGUCUCCAAUAUCACCAGAGCCACCUACUACUACUCAAGCCACAACGAAGCCCGUAAACCCUCCUAAACCGGUCCUAUCGCACUCAACAACAUUUCCUGUUUUAGGGGUUAAGUCAAAGAUUAUACAGCAAAGCUCACUAGCUCCAAAUGUGAGAGCUCCUAGUGCAAAAUCAAGAACCGGGGUGAAAGAAGAUAAAGCGAAAGAGUAUAUGUACUAUGAUAUUUGGGGAUAUCAGUUGACGGGGCUUCAUUUGAUGGAUAAGUUCAAGGAAGUGAGAGAAGGUAAAAGCUCAAGCUUUGAUGGAGAGGAGUGUGAGAGUUUCUUUGUUAAGGGUCCUCAUAACUUGUUUGCAGACUCUCAUACCAAGUUUGUAAGUUUCUGCAACCAAUGGGACUGAUAAAAAAAUAAAGAACAAAAACAAAA